AUGUGGCCCAUUGAGAACAAGGUGCCAUUGUCCACAACAGGUCUCAUGGACGUCAUCAAGAUGGCGCGCAGUUGGCGACGACGAGCUCCUGAUCGGCCAGAAAGCAAACCAACGAUAGUAAUGUCACACAAUGGAGUCUCUCGGGUCGGAGUAUAUAUUGGAGCUAAUAUAUGUAUCGACCAGAUGGACACGGACCAUGAAGUUGAUGUGUUCCAUGCGGUGAAAAUGAUGCGGAUUAAUCGACCACAGCUCAUCGAUAUGAAGGAUGAAUAUAAGUAUUUAUAUGAUUUGAUGCUGCACUGGUAUAUGACGAAUCCGGAGUAUCGGGUCCACGACAAGGACGUCUCUGACGACGAAGGCGGCGGUGGUGGCGCUGACGGCUCGAAACCGUCCUCACAACGGCAGUCACUUCGCGACAAGGAUCGCUUCCUGCGAGGACAGAAUUCGGUCCGCAAAGACUCCCGCCCUCGCAAAAACCCCGCGGACAACUGA